AUGAAAAUCAUUCUCAAUUUGCUUACACCAACAGAUAAGUUGCUCAUUUUGAGAAUGUUUAUGAAACAAUUGAAUAAGCAUGAGGAUCUUAUUGUUUGGAUGCGAACUGCUGCUUUGCCAACUUUUUGGAAGUUGUAUGGAAGGAUUGAGGUUGAUUUGGAGAAAGGACCGUGGUAUUGCAGAAUCGGUACAACACGUAUAGUUUUAGCGGCAAGAAGAAACUUGUAUUGUCAACUUCUAGUUGGCUUGGUGGGAAGAAAGACUUCCUUGGCAUUGCUUAUCUAUCGAGGAUUAAGCUCCUUUUUGGCCAUGGCUUUAACUAUUUUAUAUUUUGUCAAGCCAAGGUAA